AUGCAGGUGCUCCAAGACCACGCUGCAAAGACAGUCAUACCGGCUCCACAUCGUCCACCUUUUGUGGCUUCCCAGGGUUUGCAUCAGUGCAACUAUGACCAAAUCUGGGAGCAUAUUUAUAGCAACGUCAACCUCUACCAGAGUGAAAAUAUGAAGGAAGAUGACCUUUCAGUGGAACAAAAUGAGAAUGACCCAGUACAAAUAAGUCUCAGCCAACAUGCUGGUGGGCCUUUCAAGCAGAAAAAAGAGACAGGAUACAGCUAUGUUACAACCCUGCAACUGCUGGGCUUAGAUGACGGGACUGAGCCCAGUGAUGGGAAUCCUGUCUUGAUGAAAGGAGCCUACCUGUCUUUUCUGUAUCUGCGCCACCUGCGAAUCAGGGAGCUGCAGCGCACCUGCUUAGGAAUUCUGAACUAUUUCAGAUCUGUUGAGCGAACCCUGACGAUCAACACUUCAGGUCUUACCUCGAUUUCAGGGAACUUGGUUGCCACCAUGGAAGACCCUUCCUGGGUUAAUACCGCAAAAGGAGGCUUGGGCACCUUGCAAGGCCUAGGAGCUGAGCACUAUGUCCAUGGUACACCUGCUGAGCACAAGCACACUGUAUGGGAGCAGAAGUUUGCUAUUUGGUCCAUUUUGACUGGCAAAAUAAACGUCACCUUUUUCCGGAAAUUUCUGGGCUUGACUUUCUUUCUUCAGGUCCACAGUGUGCAAUUCCUGGAAUUCUCAGAAGUGGAGAACCAGGAUGACUACUACAGCACAGGAGCUGGCUAUAUCCUCACCCAGGACCAGCAAGGAGCAUAUAUCAUGUAUGAUGAAGCCUUGAGUGACCUGAAGGAACUAGAAACAGAACUGCUGCUCCUGGCCAGCCAUUACAUAGAGAAAGAAAAAAGUCACAAAGAGGGCAGCAAGUCAAGGACCAGCCAGGACUGGGGAUGGGCCCACCCAGGUGUGGACAGGUUUCCUGUGCUGUACGAUAUGUGGACUUGGGAAGCAGCCCUUCUAGAACACAAGCACCAGCUUCUUGACAGUUACUUUGAAGCUUACCAGCACGUGUUGGACCCUGAGGAGAGGUUUGCCUUAGCACAAGUAAUCACUGACAUCAUGCACCGGCGCCCAAGGUUUGAUCCCAGCCAACCUUAUUUCAUUGAAGCCUACAGAGAUGAUUGCACCUACCUGAGCCUUCACCUGCAGCUGGUGAGGAGCAUCCUCAACCAGCACAUAGAGUGUCAGCGGGAAUACGUCCAGAGGCUUUGGCAAGAAGGGUGCUCAGAUGAUAGCAAUAAAUUCGGACUUCCCCUUAACAUAAUUUGCAAGCAACUUAUUUCCAUCAACAAUAGCAGCCCAGCACUGAAAAACAUUUAUCUGCUGGAAUUCCACCCUUCACUCGGCCUGGCAUCGCUUAUUCCCAAAGCCCUUGAGCAUCUCCUCCAGGAGUCCCGAGGCACAUGCAGACCCGCAUCGGCCAGCCGUCUCGCCCAGCUGGAGAAUCGCGUGCUUCAGCUAGCCCUGGAUGUGUGGCUCACCCCAGCCAAGCCCGAGUCCUGGUACAGCGCACAGCUCCAGAAAGAUUUGUUUUCAGCUAAAAUAAUGGGAGAUCCCUUUCUUGUGGUGGAGCUAGGCCUGCUUGCAUUCAAGUCUGCAGCAGAUGAAGGACAGAAGCAAGGCCAAGAUUCUCAUGUGCUGCUCCUGGAGACCUUUUCCAAACUUCUGGAACUAUUGACCCUCCGCCAUCGGCUGAUAGAAAUGAGUCUGGAGAGUGCACACUUAGCUCGGCUGUAUAAGGAAUUGGCAUGGGAGAUGGGUUUUGAAGAGUUCCAUUUGUACCUGAGACCUGUUCAUUUUGAAUUUGCAUCACAUAAGGAGAAGGCAGACCAACCACCUCCCAUCUUUAUUACUUCUCUGCUGGAGGACAGUGAUCGGGUAGACAGAUAUUCUCCUACUACUCUUGUCUUAGCUAUCACUGAGGUGGAUGAUAAUCAAGUUGGCAAGUUUAGUUUUUAUACAAAGGAAGCCAUCCUUAAGCUCUUGUUCCAUUCAGGAGUGGAAAAUAUGCAAGUGACGCUUGCAUGCCAAGCUGCUCAGAAAAAUGCCUUGAUGGUCGCUGUCCAGCAGGUGUCCUUCUAUCAUGAGCCCCAUGGGAGCUGUACAGCCGAAGUCAAGGUCAGCCUGUAUGCUAGAGAAGGCUGAGGCAUGCUACCACUACAGGGGCUUAGACUGUCCCCUCCCUUCCUCUUUCCCUCUCUAUCUUCCUUUUAAUCUUUGUUUCUUCCCUCUUUGUCUCCCUCCCUUCCUCCCUAACAUGAAUCAAAGCAUGACCAAAUUCUUACUAUCUUUUUUUUUUUUUAACAAUUCAGUAAUAC